GUUGUUUCCCCUUUUCGCAGUAGUUCCACAAGUCCAAGAUGGAGAGUCCCCGACUCCCUGAUGCCCAGCCUACCAAUCGACAACUUCUGUGUCUUGCGUCUAUCCCUUCCUUCGGCUGAAUAAGAGAAGCAACUUGGAAAUCCACCUUCAAACCCAAGCGCACACCUUGCUCCCUGAGGCUUAUUCGAUGAAAGAGCUGGUCCCCGAAGUCACAAAGAAUUGGAAUGAUUUGGUGUCCCUCGAGUACGAAAGUACGAUGUGAUUAUUCUUUUGGCUCGUUUGGUGAUUCCUUUGCCCUGAUUACUUAACGGCUCCAGUUGUAACACGUCCAUUUAUGAAGCCGAUUUGACUCUCGGGAUAUGGAACUCCAAUUUCAUCGAGAUCACCAGUGGUGGAAUCAUGAGAUGAUAUUCUUCAUUCGUCAGCUGAGUCCCUGUCUGGCCAAGCGGGAAUCCGACUCUUUCUGCUCGACACAGACUUACGGAGAAUCUGAAAGCCUUUGGUACGACUUCCAACAUACUCUUGCUGAUAUGAUGCCAGUCUCCAACACUUUUGUCUAUGCUCGCGUCGAUUUACUCCAACAUGACUAUCUUUGGUACGAGAACAAUUAAUGAUCUACGAUGGCCAAAUUUCACAUACGGGCUUCGGAUCAAUGACGCCGCCGGCAAACAGAUUGCUCAUGUACUUAUAACCCGGUCAAUGCCCCUGUAUCUCAGCUCAGUACCCAGUACCCAUUUGCAGAUUUACUGAUUCACAUAUUUCACCUAACGUUCUUCUCUCUGGAAAUGAAGACUAUUGUGUUUAUUGGGGGCACCGGCGCCCAAGGGAGUGCCAUUAUCAAGACUCUCUCUUCCACAAAUCAAUACAAAAUUCUCGCCUUGACGCGCAGCACUACUUCGUCAGCCGCCCAGGACAUCGGCAGCCUUCCCAAUGUCGAACUUGUCGAAUCGAAUGCCACUUUCGGUUAUGAUGUUGAACGAUUCUUUGAAGCUGCUCAACGAUCCGACUAUGCCUUCAUCAACACCGAUGGUUUUGCCCUUGGAGAGCAAGCAGAGACAUACUGGGGGAUUCGACUUUUUGAGUUGUCUGUCAGGGCUGGCGUGAAACAUCUCAUCUGGAGUGGACUCGAUUACAACGGAAAGAAGACCGGGUACGAUCCAAAGUUCUACGUGGGGCAUUAUGAAGGGAAAGCAAGAGUCACGGAAUGGAUGCGUUCUCAGCCGACUAGUCCAAUGGGUUGGACCGUUAUCAACUCAGGACCCUAUAUUGAAAUGCUUUGGGAACUCCUUCUCCCGGAAAGGGGCAACGACGACGUGUACAAAUUCAAGCUGCCACUGGGGCAAGGGGCUAUUCCCUUCGUCCACCUGGACGACUUUGGGCGCUAUGCUGCAUGGAUCUACGCCAAUCAAGACGAAGCGAACGGCAAGGUCCUGGGUAUUGCGGUGGCCCAUGUUUCAGGCCCAGCACUUGCCCAAGCGUUUACAGCCACGACUGGCAAGAAGGCUGAAUAUAUCGACGAGCCUGUGACGGAAAACGUUGAGAAACACUUCAGGCAUUUGCCCAAGGGUGCGGACACCAAAGUUGGCAUUACCUCUGUCAAAGACGAAAACGCUCUGUUGAUGACGUUUCGUGAGAACUUUACCAAUUGGUGGCAUUUGUAUCAGAACAGUGCGGACAACAAAGGGGUGAUUAAGCGUGACUAUGCUUUGCUGGACCGCAUUUUGCCUAACAGGAUCAAAAGCGCAGAAGAGUGGAUGAAGAAAGUUGGGUAUGAUGCCACUCGGCGCAGCGUCAUCACGUCCAGAAACCGGGUGCCUCCAGCGUAAGAGAUUGCCAACACGGCAUGCGGUGCAGUGAUAAUGCCUGACAAGUAGUGGGAGACGUUGACCUCGGAGAGACGAGGGAGUACUAUGUAGUUGGUUAUUGAUAGCAUAUCCAUGCCCUCUGC